GCAGUGGCAGUCUGGCGUAACCGCGACUCGAACCGUCUGCCACACAACGCCUCUCCUCCUACCUUCCUCUCCCCCCAAACCUAAACCCAUUCCCAUCGAUCUCUAUCGCGAUGGCAUCCACGAAAGCCUUUCGCCACCUGCUUCUGCUCCUCGCCGUCGCCCUCCUCUCCCUCUUCCGCCGAGUCGUCGCCGCCGCCCGACGCCUGCUCUCCUUCGUCUCCCUGCGCGAGUUAUUGCUCCACCUCUCCUUCCUCCGCUGCGGUCUCCGACCCGUCACGCUCGACCUCGGCCACGCGUCGCUGCACAUCUGGGGCCCCAACCCCCGCCGCGCCCUCCGGAAGCCUGCCCUCCUCCUCAUUCACGGCUUCGGCGGCAACUCAAAGUGGCAAUGGGAGCGCCAGAUCGGGGCUCUAUCCCGCUCCUUCGAUCUCUAUAUCCCGGACCUCCUCUUCUUCGGCAGAUCCCGUUCCUCCUGCGCCGACCGUUCCGUGGGCUACCAGGCGCGGUGCGUCGCGGAGGCGAUGCGCCUCCUCGGGGUCGCCCGGUACUCCGUGAUGGGGAUCAGCUACGGCGGGUUCGUGGCGUUCCGCCUGGCGGAGAUGGAGGCGGAGUCGGUGGAGCGCGUGGCGAUUCUCACCGCUGGAAUCUGCAUGUCGCCGGAGCAGUUGAGGGUGAUGUCUGCAAAAGAGAAGAGAGACGUGUGCGAGCUGCUGCUGCCGCAGAAGGCGGACGAUCUGAGGACCCUCGUCAGCCGGUCCAUGUACCGCCCUCCCAAGUGGAUCCCCUCGUUCUUUCUCCAAGAUUUCAUCGAGGUGAUGUACAGAGAUCAAAGGAAGGAAAGGGUUGAACUGUUGACAAAACUUCUCGAUGAUGGGAUUGACCAGGACCCCGUUCCAGUUCUUACUCAGGACACUUUGAUACUUUGGGGCGACAAGGAUGCCAUUUUCCCACUACCACUCGCUCAUCAAUUACAAAGACAUUUGGGAGAGAAGGCGAAGUUGGAAGUGAUCAAGGAUGCCGGGCAUGCGCUACAACUGGAAAAGGCCGAAAAGGUUAAUUACUUCGUUGAGAAAUUUCUCAUGUCUGAGUCAGCAAAAAAACAUUGCAGCCUUUCAUAAUAGUGCAAUGCAACAUUUAUGUACGUUAGGUCAUGUGAUGCAAGAAAUUUCUGAUUUGGCGUCUCAAAUAACAUU